AUGAAAAGAAAUAAAACAUGUCAAAUAUUUUAUGUAUUAGCAAAUAUAAGUAUCAUAAAUGAAGAUCCAUUUCCUGUACAAUUUAUUAUACAAUUAUAUUAUGAAUUUUCAAAUUCAACAGUAAUUGAAUUACUGAUGCGUGAAUUAUUAAAAAAUAUUCCAAAUUCAAAUCGACAACAAUUACCAGGUAUUAUUCAUUUUUGGAUUGGUAAUAGUUGUCAUAGAUAUGCACAAACAACACUUAUUAUUGAUUUUGAUUCAUAA